UAAAUGUGCAUUUAUUUAUGCAGUUGUGAAAAUAAAUGUAGCCCUCUGAAUAGCAUAAGCUCCCUGACACUGAAAUCAUCUACUUGCUCAUCUGGCUGACGAGGUAUCAGACCGCGAGUAUCUGUAGGGGAUACGACGGCCCCGGGGAGUUAGGGGUAGGCUCCAUUUACGGCGACUCCCGUGUGUCUGUCCCGCCACGCUGGAAUCACCCUACUCAUGUUCUGAGACCUUUUUCCCCGCUCUGCCACCUUCACCAUCACAAGGCUGGUGUUUUCCUCUGGGCGCCGCGCGGCGGAACUCCCCGGCCUGUGUCUCUUCCUCUCGGUUUCUGCACAGCCGUGUGCGUGGUGGCGAGGCUGUGGCGCAGCGGCUGAGACCCGCAGGGCGCCCAGAGCACCGGGCAGGGUGCGGAACUGCACCGGAGGGAACAGGACGAAAGCGAGCGAGGGUCUCUCCCAUCCCGGGGUGGGCACAGCCGUGCGGUGGCCAAUGGAUCGGGGCAGCUGCGGGGACCGCCUCGGGAGCGGCACCGGGCCGGUCUCCGGGCAGUGCCCGCCCCGGGAGCCGUUCCCGGGCCGGUCUCCGGGCAGUGCCCGCCCCGGGAGCCGUUCCCGGGCCGGUCUCCGGGCAGUGCCCGCCCCGGGAGCCGUUCCCGGGCCGGUCUCCGGGCAGUGCCCGCCCCGGGAGCCGUUCUCGGGCCGGUCUCCGGGCAGUGCCCGCCCCGGGAGCGGGGCGCUGCGGGCAGGAGCGGGCGGCAGGAGCCGUGCCCCGCUCGCAGCAAAUCCAGCACCCGGAGCGGGGGCGGGGUGGGCCGCGCCAACCCCCCCACCGCGGUCCCCGCCGCUAAUGCCUUUUCUCUGCUGCUGCGUAGGAGUCCCUGCGAAUGUGAUUCACCUGCCGCUGCCUCCCGCAGGAAGGAGGCUAAUAAUCCCUGUGCGCGGCGCAGCGGCCCCGCGGCCGCAGGGGAGGCGGCGGGAGCGGUGGGCGUCGCGGUCGGAGCCGUGCCCGGGCCGUGCCCAGCAUGUCCGGUGAGUGCCCCCGGCUGCCCAGCAUGUCCGUAACAGAUCAAGCCUUUGUGACCCUUGCUACUGAUGAUGUGUACUGUCAAGGUGCUCUCGUUCUCGGACAAUCAUUGAGGAACCAUAGGACAUCCAGAAAAUUGGCAGUUCUAAUUACCCCAGAGGUUUCCAGUGGGAUGAGGUCAGUCCUCAGCAGUGUAUUUGAUGAAGUGAUCGAGGUGGACGUGCUGGACAGUGCUGACUCAGUCCAUUUGGCACUGAUGCAGAGGCCAGAACUGGGUGUAACCUUCACUAAGCUUUGUUGUUGGACUCUUACUCAGUACAGCAAAUGUGUCUUCAUGGAUGCAGACACUUUGGUACUUUGCAAUGUUGAUGAGCUGUUUGAUCGAGAAGAGUUUUCUGCAGCUCCUGAUUCUGGCUGGCCUGACUGCUUCAAUAGUGGUGUAUUUGUGUUCCAGCCCUCCUUGAAGACUUACAACCUGCUGCUCCAGUUUGCUGCUGAACACGGCAGCUUUGAUGGAGGUGAUCAAGGCCUCUUGAACAGCUUCUUCAGCAACUGGGCAACAGCAGAUAUUGGCAAACACUUGCCUUUCCUCUAUAACUUAAGCAGCAGCUCUGUAUACACCUAUAUUCCUGCUUUCAAUCAUUUUGGUAGAGAUGCCAAGGUUGUUCACUUCUUGGGAGCAACAAAGCCCUGGAACUACAAAUACAACCUUCAAACAAAGACAGUUAUGCAGGAUGGCACCACCUCUGGAUCUUCUCAUCAGCUGUCAUUUCUUGCCCUGUGGUGGAAUAUAUACAGUGGCAGUAUAUUGCCUUUGUUGGAAAAACUUCAAAAGAUGGAAGAAUCAGAAUCUGAGGAAUGCAAGCACACUUUCAAUGGAGUUGAAGUUACCCUGAAGAAGGCCAGUCCUUACGUGGACAGUUCUCCACAAAAGCCUGAGCUCCCAGAGCAGACAAGUGAAGUAAAUCCCACAGCAUGCUCACCCGAGGAACUUGCUUUCAAAGCUCAACCUGUACAUGAAGUCGAACCAAGAGAGUCUGGCGUCCAUCUCUCUGAGCCUGACAGACCUUCAGAACAACCUGUAUUUCAACCUGCAUUUCAGGAAACCUCAGAAAUGAAUGAGGUUGCACACUCUGUUUCAGAGCUGUCUAUUCACUUCAAACCAGCUAAACCAACUCCAGAAGAAGAACGGAGAAAAUGGGAGGAGGGGCGCAUGGACUAUAUGGGGAAAGAUGCUUUUGAACACAUCAAAAAGAAACUGGACGCAUUUUUACACUAGGACAGGGUGCACUGUUAUGGCCAUCACGAUAGAUUUCUUUAUAAAUGCAAUUCUUGAAUACUUGGCUGUCUUAAUCAGUUUAGUUGACAGCAAUUAGAGGUUAUUAUGGAUCCACUUACAUUCUUGGGGACCUUAACAGAUACAGAAUCCUGAUUUUUAACUGAUAAAUGUGCCUCAACUUUAUUGUUAUAUGUGUCUCAUGUUCACUGUUCUCACACAGUGCCUUCUAAAGAAUAAUGGAUGGUACCUUUC